AUGAAUGACCUUAUGAUCAUCGUCGCCAUCCCGAUCGCCAUAUUCCAGUCAUAUGCCUAUGGUGCUGAUUGGUCCUAUGAUGAUCAAUCUUCCUGGCCUGGUAUAUGUACCAAUGGUACAUCCCAAUCACCGAUAUCUAUUCAGACUGCCGCUGUUAUCGAUCAGUCAGUCAUGAUGAAUGAUCUUCAAAUUACCUACGAUUUUGCUACAUUGAGUAUUUCUGAUUAUCGUAUCAAUGUGGUAGUCGAUGAGGAUAACGAUGAAAAGCGAUACAAAAUUGGUAACGUCCGCGGGUAUGAAAGCGACACCUUCAUUUUGAGCGAAUUUCAUGCUCAUUGGGGAUCGACGGACGAGUACGGCAGUGAACAUCUGUUCGAAGGUGUCGCCUCUCCGAUGGAGCUUCACUUCGUCCACUACAACGAGAAGUAUGGCAGUGUUGGUGACGCUAAAGGGAAGGCCGGUGGUUUGGCUGUGAUUGGAGUCCUUUUUGGUAUUGGUGAAGCCAAUGAAGAGUUUGAGAAGAUCCUCGAUGCCAUUGAAAAUGACACUGUUCAUCCCAUCGUAGACUUGUAUGCUCUAAUCCCCAAGGAUGCGGGUACCAAACUGUUCGGUUAUGAUGGUUCUCUUACAACACCGACCUGUGAUGAGAAUCUCCUCUGGCACGUGGCUAAGACGAUAAUGGCGGUAAGCGAGGAUCAGAUGAAGGCCCUAAGGUCUGUUGUCGGUCCCAAUGGAGAUAUCAUCGCUCCCAACUACCGACAUGUACAACCCUUAAAUGGUCGUACGAUUUAUAUUACCAAUGGCUUGAAGGAAGAGCUUGGCCCAUCUUCCUUUGCCUGUUAUUGGCAUGAUCCAUUUCAAGUGUGUACCAUGAGCUUCAUCAUUAUAACGAUGAUUAUGCUUUGA